CUUCGCUCACGCAACAGCGAAGCACCUCAAUGCCAGUCCCCGCGAUACCUUCCGCUCCAGGAUGAGUGGGUAUCAUCUCCCACUAUUAUACCCCUUCCUACAGGCCUCCUGCCGGCCCGUUGUACCAAAACACUAUUCGCGAGUUUACAGGUGUGCCAAACAUCAAUCGUGCAGCACACCAGUCGAUAUCCCGGCACACCAUGGAAUUGGGAACAAGAAUUGGAUAGCCUCUAAGGUUCAUAACCACGAUAGAGAUCGCCGCGUUGAUCAAUUGCGGAAACACGGAGAUCUCUCUACAUUCUACCCGCGGCAAACAAAACUUCUUUCUGACAUUCCUGAAUACCACUCAUUCAAGAGACAUGGUCAAACACCGUCUGGGACGUCUAUUAGAAGUGCCCAAUGUCACCUGAACUCUACAAACGAUCCUGUGGAACAGAACCAAGGGGAACGCGAAGAAGUUCACCAGUGUUUGGGACGAGUAACUGGCGUUCGAAGACAUGGGUCCAAGUUAGCCUUUGUAACUAUAGAACGCAAACAUCGGUCAAUACAGGCUACGUUUGAGUUCAACAGACUCGAGAGUAAUGGGGUUACUCUAGAUGAAUUCAAGUCUUUUGCAAAAGUUGUACGAAUAGGAGAUUGGUAUUGUAUCACUGGCACUGCUUUCGAAAAGAAUGAGCAAGUCGAGCUUAUGGCGACAUCACUACCAACGUGCCUGGCGCCGUCCUUGCAUCAGAUACCAGAGGACUUGAAAGACCCUGAAAAACUUGCAAGAUAUCCUCAUGUUAAAGCCUUGAUGAAUCCGUUUCAAAAUGACGUUUUAUAUUUACGGUCUCUAAUACAGCAUGAGAUACGUUCCUAUCUGCAAAACAUGAAUUUCAUGGAAGUCGAGACGCCAAUACUAGAAGGAAGACCAGGUGGUGCGAAUGCGCGAGCAUUCGAAACACGUGUGAAUGCCCAAAGAAUCUAUGAUACGAAUCUGAAGCUGAGGAUAGCGCCUGAGUUAUCCUUGAAGCGUCUCAUAGUUGCAGGCAACGAUGCGGUUUUUGAAAUCGGCAAAGUCUUCCGCAAUGAAGGAAUCGAUGCAACGCACAAUCCCGAAUUCACCAUCUGUGAGUUUUACGAAACCGGGGCAGACCUUCAACGUUUGAUGAGUAGAACUGUCGAACUUCUUCAGAGAAUCCAAAAUGCCGCCAGAUCACUCGAGGAACGUUCAAACCGAAUGAGACCGAAGCAUUUCGAUUUUGGCCAGGGGGUUGAACACAGGUUUUCUGUCAUUGAUUUUGUCCCCAUACUCGAACGAGAGACUGGUCGGACUCUUCCCGAUCAUCAGUACCCCAACUUUUGGACCUUCUCGCGGACAAAUAUUUGGUACCUCUCUGUAAAGAGCCUACGUGGAUCAGGCAUCCCCCGGAAUGCGUUUCCCCCCUUGCGAAAUCAAGCUACCACGAGGAAUCAGGGCGUGUCUGCGCCAACAGCGCAGAGCUGUAUAUCGAAUGCAAGGAGAUAGUCAAUUGCUAUGAAGAGGAAAAUUCACCGUUUGAGCAACGGCGCAAGUUUGAGGAUCAAAUCAAGUUUCGAGCAGGACGUGAUGCGGCAGCGCAUGAACUUGACGUGGAUGAAUCGUAUCUCGAGGUACUUG